AUCAUUUUGGCGUUUGGCCUAUUUUCUCGAAACAUCAGAUUAAAAUACAGCCAUACAUAUUUGACUCAUAUGUGCAGUCUGUUGAGCUGUAAAGUCAGCAACCAGCAGACAUAUCAGCAUGACGGAUAAACAGCACAGGAAAUCAGGCGGCUGAGGUCUUGCUUGGAGAAACCACCAUGGACUCUCCUGAUUAUGGAGUUGUAUCUAUGAGGAGAGGAAGUUAUGAUGAUGCUGCAGCUUCUCUACAUCCUCACCUCAAGCACUUGGCUCAGAGACGACGCUCGGCUCCAUCUCUGGUCUUUGGGAAGGCGCUGGGGAUGCCAUGGCCUCCUAUUAGGGAGGAGGAUUCUUGCUGGGUCUCUGUGGAGCAGAGUCCAUUUGUGCUCGGCCUCAGCAGUGAGAACGGAGAGCUGCUGAUGGACGAGAGUGUUCAGGUCAUCGAGGACUCCAAGUCCAAGGACAGACACCUGUUCCUCUUCAGCGAUGUCAUUGUCUUCGCCAAACUCAAGUCACCUGCCAGCUACCGUCUGAAGCACAGAGUUGGCCUGGAGGACCUCUGGAUAUAUGGAUUCGAAGAUGAACCGGAGGAAGAGGAAGGACACAUGGGUGAUAUUAACCUCAGAGUGACCCUUGUCCUCGCCUGGGACCUCACGUUUUGUGUGGUGUGUUUUUGUUCGCCUGGGGUGAAAGAACGCUGGCUAGAUACUCUUCACAGAAAAAUUACCGACGCGAGAGCUGGUUGUGCUUCUUCCCCUCCACCAGACGUCCUCAUGAAGGUUUUGGGUGGCAGCAUCACGACUAAAACUCUAACAGGAGGUGGCAUGGAGCAAUUAAUUGAGUUUCCACUUGACGGUGAUGCAAAGAUCUCCGCAGUGUCAAAACAAUUGUUUCACCAGGAGGACAAGGCUCCCAUUGAAACCAAGUGGAAGCUGGUGCGGAGGCUCAGACUGGGCUCCAGUUUCAUCAACAAAGCGAGCCGAUCAGAAACUGAGAGAAAGACUCAGCUCUUUGGACGGCCCCUCUGCAAAGUAUGCCCCGAUGAAUGCUCACUUCCUAAACCAGUCACAGAGGUGCUGGUGUGGCUGAGGAAGAGAGGGCCGUCCACGGAGGGGGUGUUUCGGAAAACGUGCAACAACAAGAAGAUGCUGGACAUCAGAGAGCAGCUCAACAGCGGCGUGGAGGUGGACAUGGAGAGCCAGCCGGUCGUCCUGCUCGUCGGGCUUCUCAAAAGUUUUCUGAAGGAACUUCCUGGCAGCCUACUGGUGUCUGAACUUUAUGACAAGUGGAUGGCGGCUCUGGACAAUGAAGACAGCCAGCAGAAAGCUCUGGAAACAAAAAGUGUGGUAGACGAGCUCCCGGGGCCCAACAAACUCCUCCUGCAGUAUCUGCUUUGCGUCCUCCAUCACAUUCUGGGGAGCGCUGACACCAACAAGAUGGACGCCCAUAACUUGGCGGUGUGUAUCGGCCCGACGCUGCUGCAGCUGGAUGGCACCCCGCUGGAUGAGCAGAAGGAGAAAACAGAGAAGGUCACAAAGCUAACCAAGUACCUGAUUGAGCAUUGUGAGAUCCUUGGGGAGAACAUCCCAAACCUGCUGGAUAUUGAUGAAGACUUGCAGUGCUCUCAGCACCAUGACUCAGCGUACGACAGCACAGACCUGGAUGGAGAUGGAGAGAGCGGCUCAUCCUCCUCCCAGGAGGGGCGUCCCAUCUUCCCUAUCUCCUCCAUGCCCGCUGAUGUCGAGUUCAACUCAAAACCAGCAUUCAACCGUCGCUGCUCCGAGCCCAUCAUCCUGCUGUCAGCUGAUCUGCAGAGCUGCUGCAGCCACUCCAGGAGCCACGACGACUGCUCGCUGGAGAGGAGGGACUUUGAGGAGCAGCCGCUAAAAAAGCAGAUCUCAGACGACUCCUUGCUCAGAGGACGAGGUGGCGCCAAAAAGGUGUUGUCCUUUCCAAAACUGAGCAGCAGCUCCAACACGGAUCACCUGCCCUACAUGGCAGGGAACUGCUCCUGCUCUUCUCUGGAGAGCGCUACCUCCAAUCAGUCAGAAGGCUCUGUUUUCACCAGCUCUCCAUUGGGGUCGCCAGCCUGCUCCCGGAGAGAAAACACAACCACUCAGCAGGACAUUCCAAGGCCCAUUACAGAUGAGAAAAGACGUUCACAGUCCAUGAGAGUUUCCAGUAAAGUCAUAAUGAGGACCAGGAGCUUAGGGGCCUUCAGCAGGAGCAGCGUGAAGAGAGACUCUCAGAAGGAAAACUCCUUCCCUUGUGAAACUCUCCAGGAGGACUCUCAGAGUGAGGCCGAUUCACCGGCUGAGCCUCUGCCCAAAACUCGCCCCCUGUCCGCCAUCGAAGUGUUCAGGCAGGUGGACAGCAAGAUCCCCUGCAGACCUCCGUCGUACAUACAGGCGAUGCAGAAUGCGGGUCCUCCUCCACAGUACGGAUCAAUGACUGUACUCAAUGCCAUAGAGCUGGGUAGAAGGUCCCGUCCGUCCUCUGUAAAUUAUGACUUCCCAGGAACUAGCUCAGUCUGUCAGUACAGAGACCGUAUCGCUCAGGCGGCACAGGACAAUGCUAACGUCCAGCAGCGGCAGCCUUUCCGGCAGAGAGCGAUGUCCGAGUCCGUGUCUGCAGGCCGUCGCGAGGCCGUGUCACAGAGAUGCAGCCAGCCAGUGUUUGAGGAAUUUUGUUACGCCAAGGAAUCUUAUGUUUGAGUGACUGAUGAACACAGAUUGGAAUUUUAGAUAUACAAACAUUUAUCAGUGGGCAUAGCUGAAGUUCUGGUAUUCAAACUUCAAUCCAGCAAGCUUAUUUUAUUUGUAACUUUUUCAGAGAAAAAAAUAUUUGUGAUUUUGGCUGAUUUUAGAAAACAUAAUAUUGUGAGUGCUUUGCUUCAUAAUAGCAGCUAUCACUCCCCUUUUCACUGUUCUUGGGUUGUUUAGACAGAGGAAAUGUGUUUUGAGGCUCUGCCCACUGAGCAGCUCUAUGUUAGAGAUAGCUUGUAUAUGUAAAUAUAUUCCAGUCUUUAUUUUAUCACUGUUUCACUUUAAAUGAAUGUCACAUGUGCUGCCUCUGUGGUUGCACUUUCUUUGUAGUACUAUUAAGAGUACACCACUUAAAAGAGAUGUAGUUAUUAUAUGAUAGGUAGUCUAUCACGAUGAAGCUAUGAAAACACAGUUCCCUGUGGAUCGAAUAUGCUAUUUGUUUAUUUUCUAUGUGCUAAUUUGUAUUUUGUGUACAGUACAGCUAAAAAAGUUGCUGUUUUUUGCUUUUUGUAAAUCCUCUUAUAAUGUCUUUUUUGCACUACAUUAAAGCACUUUUCUUGUGUUAGGUGAAAUUGUAAAUAAAAUAAGAUAGAUGUAAUCUUUGUCAAGGGGUCUUCCAGAUGGUUUGAGCUCAAAUGGAAGAAAAAUAACGCAAUAAAAGAAAAUAACAAAGUAAAAAAAUGUAUUUCUA